AUGGUCGCGCCGUCUGCACCGACCGCCAAGGCCACAUCACACUCCCGACCUAAGCAGAUCAAGCGCACCCGCAUGCCGCCGCCCGCUUCAGUCGCUGCGGCCCCGCCUCAGCUCUCGUCUGUCGUCAAGGGCAAGCGGCCGCGCCCGUCCGAUGGCGUCAGCGAUCUCGAGAAGGAGAAGCCUCGGAGGGUCAAGAGCUCGCGCGGGCAGAAGCGAUCUGAGGCCACCGAGGGACGCUCGAAGGAGGCGGCGGCUGCUCUCGCGGCGGGAGACGGCGGCGGGGCGUACAGGCGGGUCAUGUUCGCCAGCUUCAUAAACCAGGCUUUCGAGAAGCGGUACAAGGGCCAGAACGAGGAGUACAACCAGAUCAUCGGCCAGUUCCGCGCCCUUCUUCCCUCAGCGACAGCCUCGCAGACCGCCUCGACCUCGUCGGGACAGCCGACCGUCACCCCGCUCACCCAGCUGCGCGCAUGGCUCGAAGCCCUGACCUCGGUCGUCUCGAAGCUCGACCAGUCGCACGCUCCGCUCGUCGAGACGAUCCUUGCGGUACCUUGGGCAGUCAUGGAGGACGCGUUCGUGUCGGCGUACAUGCGUUUCGUUGGAGCGCUCGUCAGCGCACGGCCAGAGUGGCUCAAGGGCGUUCUCGACAAGUGUGUCAAGGGCUUCAAGUACCGCUCACCCUACACGCAAGCCUCGCAGCACGCCCUUCCACACCUCACCCGACGCCUCGUCUACACCCGCAUUCACGCCCUCCUCCGCGUCCUCCUCUCGCUCGUUCCGACUCUCUCGCCCUCCCUGUCCCCCCUGCUCGCCUCACACUUCCCCUCCAAGCGCGAACCCCGCGCCGCCCAAAUAUGCUACAUCGACAACCUCCUCCUUCUCACCGAGUACUGCACCGCUCUCUCGGAAGACGUCUUGACGCUGGUCGUUGAGCGGGCGCUGAACAUUGAUGUCGAGAUCCAGGGCGAGCCGGAGGAUUGGGAGGAUGUCGAGGAGGAGAUGAUGGCCGCGGCCGAGGCGAGCGAGGGUGUCGAGGGGAAGAAGCGGCUUGUGGAUGGAGCGGUGAACGACCUGGUUGACCGGCCCGUUGAAGAAGACCCGGCGGACUCGGACUCGGAUUCGGACGACGAUGACGACGAGGGCGGGAUCGACCUCGACAACCUCAGCUCGGAUGACGACGAGCCUGACCCGAUCAACGACGAAGAUGCGGCGAAGCGGGCGAACGGUGGGAAUAAGGGCAUGAGCGAGGCCGCGAUUCGCAAGGUGCUCGAGAGCCGGGCGAAGCUCGACGGGAUCCUCAAGGUCAUCCUCGAUCACCUCGCCUCAGCUCACGCAGAUAAGCGCGGUCUCGAGCGCAACAACACCUCGACUGUACAACCUCCUGCCACUCCGACCACCGACGUCUUCGACAAAGCGUUCGCUGCGGCACCUGUACCCGCCGAAUCCGGCUCGCGAGAGGCGACUCCGACUGCUGACGACGUCCUGACAGCCGACGUCGUCGAGCGCCGCCUGACCCUCUUCCGCACCCUCCUCGACAUCUUCGACCGCACCCUCCUCCGCACCUUCAAGACCCGCAACGUCCAAUUCGUCCUCUUCUACCUCUGCUCGCUCGACUCGGCUUCGACAGACCACUUUAUCGGCGUGCUCCUCGGCCGCGCACUGUUCGACCAGGACGCACCGCCUGUCACGCGCGUCGCAGCAGCCGGCUACGUCGCGAGCUUUAUCGCUCGCGCAAAGUACGUCGACGCGGCGAUGACGCGCAAGGUUGUCCGCCACUUGUGCGGGUACCUCGAGGGCCAGAUGGAGGACUAUGCGCGGACGAGCGCGUUGGCGACGUCCAUCGCAGGCGCCAAAGCUCCAGGCGGUGGAUCCGAGUUGCCCGUCUUCUACGCGGUCGCCCAGGCGGUCUUCUACAUCUUUUGCUUCCGGUGGAAGGACUUGCUGGAUGAAGACGAUGCGGACGACGAGGCGGCGCUGUUCGGGCUGGAUGCGGGUCGAAGAUGGAUGAUGGGCCUCGAGACGGUCAAGAAGGCGGUCUCGUCCAGCUUCAACCCUUUGAAGGUCUGCGCCCAGCCCGUCGUCAAUCAGUUCGCCUCGAUCGCGCACAAGACUGGCUUCAUGUACUGCUACGCGAUCCUCGACUCGAAUCGGCGCGCCAACUCGUAUCGCGACGCCUCGGCCGCAUCGACGCCCACCCAGCCCAUGCCUCCCCCGCCUCUCCGCUCCGUCUCGACCUCGUCUCUUCUCAACACCCUCACCGCCGCCCAGCUUCACCUCUCGACUCCCUCACCGUCCGGCACACCCGCUCCUCCCUCGAUCCCUGCCACCGCAUCUCGCCAGCUCGUCGUCGCUGAAGAGAUGGACUCGUUCUUCCCCUUCGACCCGUUCAAGCUCCCCUCGUCGUCGGCCUACAUCGACGGGAUCUACCGCGAGUGGGAAGGCGCGGACGACGACGAGAGCACGACGUCUGGCGAUGCGUCUUCGUCUGUCGCCGACUCGGACGACGACACGGGCGAGUCGGACGUGACGACGGGCGACGAGGACGAGGACGAGCCGGCGUGGGUCAAGACGCGUGGUGGACUCGCUGUCCCUGGCUCGGGCAGGCCUGGCGCCGCUGCCGACGACGACGACGACGACGAGGUGUCGCGCAGCUUUGAGGCGAUGAGCUUGUCGCUCUCGCCGCAGUACGAGAGCUUUGGCGGGCGUCGUCGCCAGGAGCUCGAGCAGCGGACCAAGGUGGUUGGCUGA